CUCUUGCAUCUGUCACAAGUCUGCCUUCCAUGUUCCAAGGACUUGGUGUUGAGACAAUCCCAAGAUCAGCCAUGGGACAGACAGUUCUCCCUUGGGGUCGAGGCAUCCUGGGCAGGGGAAUGGGUGAUAUGGAGGUCAAACCUAAAGCCGUCAUGCCACUGCGACCCAGCUUUCCGUCACCAAAUGUAAUGCCAGCUGGGGACAGCAAGGUGGAGAGAAUGCCGCUUGCUCCUGGCACAAUUCUUGGCCGUGGGCUAAUGGAAUCGCCACCAGUCCCUCUUGGAAGAACAGCCAUUCCGCUUGGCAGGAUGUUGUACAAAGCUCCUACGGACUCGCCUUUCCUGCGCCCAGCCAUGCUUCCGCCUCCACCCUCACCACCACUGCUGUCAGCCCCCCAGGUUACACCCCAGCCAGAAAGUCCUCCACCGCCCCUUGUUGAACAGAUGGAGAGAAAAGAACCGGUAAUGAAGCAAGGAUCCAAAGGAACAGCUUUUCCCUUAGGAUUGAAUCUAAUUAAAAUACACUGCAAAAAUGAAGCUGUUUACCAAUACCAUGUGACUUUCAGCCCUAAUGUGGAAUGCAAGAGUAUGCGCUUUGGGAUGAUGAAGGAGCAUAGGUCUGUGACAGGAGACGUUACUGCAUUUGAUGGCUCUAUCCUCUACCUGCCUGUCAAGUUGCCUCAGACGGUUGAGCUGACGUGUCAGAGAAAGACGGAUGGAGCGGAAAUCAGCAUAAAGCUGCAGAUGACUAGAAUUCUAGAGCCCAGCUCAGACCUGUGCAUUCCGUUUUAUAACGUGGUCUUCAGGAGGGUGAUGAGAAUGUUAGAUUUGAAACUUGUUGGGAGAAAUUUCUAUGACCCCACCAAUCCUACAGUGCUGCAGCAGUAUAGGUUGCAGAUCUGGCCAGGUUACUCAGCCAGCAUCCGGAGGACAGAUGGAGGUCUCUUCCUGUUGGCAGACGUCUCCCACAAGGUUAUCCGAAAUGACUCUGUCCUGGAUGUCAUGAAUGCAAUCUACCAGCAGAGCAGUGACAACUUUCAGGACGAGUGCACCAAGCAUGUAAUUGGCAAUAUCGUCAUUACCCGCUAUAAUAAUCACACGUACCUUAUUGAUGACAUUGACUGGAACAAGACGCCGAAGGACAGUUUCACCAUGUCAGAUGGGACAGAGAUCACCUUCCUGGACUAUUACAGCAAAAAUUAUGGGAUAACCGUCAGGGAGGCGGACCAGCCGCUGCUGAUCCAUAGACCCAGGGAAAAGCAGACUCCCCAAGGGAAGCUUCAGAGGGGUGAGAUUCUGCUGCUGCCCGAGCUCUCCUACAUGACCGGGAUCCCUGAGAAGAUGAGGAAGGACUUCAGAGCCAUGAAGGAUCUAACCAGUCAGAUCAACUUGAGCCCGAAGCAGCACCAUGCAUCUCUGAGAAAUCUGCUGCACAGGAUUGAGGAGAACAAAGCUGCCAGCAGGGAAAUGUCACAGUGGGGCUUAUGUUUGGACAAGGACGUGUAUAGGACACAAGGGCGCAUUCUCCCUUUGGAAAGAAUAUAUCUGCGGAACAGCUCUUUAAUGACUUCUGAGGAUCUAAACUGGACCAAAGAAAUAAUGAGAGAAGCUGCCAUCUCUACGAUUCCCAUGUAUUAUUGGGCAUUGUUUUAUCCAAAACGGGCCGUGGACCAAGCACGCGAGUUGGUCAACGUGCUGGAGAAAGUCUCUGGCCCCAUUGGCAUGAAGUUAAGCCAGCCUGCCUGGGUGGAAUUGAAGGAUGAUCGAACAGAGACCUAUGCUAGGACUAUCAAGUCCAUCUUGGGCACUGAGGGUAAGAUACAGAUGGUGGUCUGUAUCAUCACCGGGACCAGAGAUGACUUGUAUGGCGCCAUUAAAAAGCUGUGCUGUGUGCAGUUGCCGGUACCCUCUCAGGUCAUCAACGUUCGAACCAUCGUGUCCCAGCCAAUCAAGUUAAGGAGCAUCGCACAGAAAAUUCUGCUGCAGAUUAAUUGCAAGCUAGGUGGGGAGCUCUGGGGAGUGGACAUCCCAUUGAAGCAGCUGAUGGUGAUUGGCAUGGAUGUGUACCACGACCCCAGCAGGGGGAUGCGCUCUGUGGUUGGCUUUGUUGCAAGCACCAAUCAUGUUCUCACCAAGUGGUAUUCUAGGGUUGUGUUCCAGAUGCCUCAUCAGGAAAUUGCAGACAGUUUGAAGCUUUGCCUGGUCGGGGCCUUACAGAAGUUCUACGAGGUGAAUCACUGUCUGCCCGAGAAGAUAGCUGUUUACAGAGAUGGGGUGUCGGACAGCCAGCUGACCACUGUGGCGCACUACGAGAUCCCACAGCUCCAGACGUGCUUUGAUGCUUUUGAGAACUACCACCCCAAGAUGGUAGUCUUCGUGGUGCAGAAGAAAAUCAGCACCACUCUCUAUUCUGCUUCCACUGAGCACUUUGUAAGCCCUGUUCCAGGGACUGUAAUUGACCACACUGUCACCUGCAGAGACUGGGUGGACUUUUUCUUGCUGGCGCAUCACGUCCGACAGGGCUGCGGCAUCCCGACUCACUAUAUCUGUGUGCUUAACACGGCCAACCUCAGUCCCGACCACAUGCAGAGGUUGACUUUCAAGCUUUGCCACAUGUACUGGAACUGGCCCGGCACCAUCCGAGUCCCAGCCCCUUGCAAGUAUGCCCACAAGCUGGCCUUUCUCUCCGGACAGUUUCUGCACCAUGAGCCUGCUAUUCAGCUCAGCGAGAAGCUCUUUUUCCUGUAGCCGGGGAUGCUGGGAGGAGCCGGGGGAGAAUCCAGCUCCUCAAAGUGCCGAUGGCGAAGGGAGCCUCUUGGAUGGAGCUUUGUUGCUCUGUGGUCCCUCGUGGGACACUGCGCACGGCGGCUUCUGACCGCCACGGGAAGGGAGACUGAGUUUGUUUUAAUAAUUGUAUAGCUGAGGUUUUGCUUUUUACUUGGUUACUUAAAGGACACUGGAAGGUGAGACCCAGAAACGCGACCUCCUUUAAAAUCGAUGCAGUAAUCCAGCAGCGGGGGUAGGCCUGUCUUCCCUGCAGUAUUGACCGAAGGCUGAAGGUACUUAGCAGAGCCCACGUAAGAGCAGGUGUCUCCUAAGAGCUAUUUGCAAAGGGAUGCGAGGAGGCAACAGGACCAGAUCAGUCUUGUGUUCAGUUUGCAGGCGAUUAAAUCUCUUCCCAGGCAGCUGGUUGCCCAUGGAAAGGGGAUGGCAGGGUCCCAUGGUGGGGAGAGUUUGAGCUCGCUUGCUUCUUCGACAUGGUCGAGGCCAGUCCUUAUGCCCACCUUGCUCCCAGGGCUGCUGCUCUGCUGUAGCAUGUCUGGUGAAGAUGCACUAUGCUGAUGGAAGACGGCUCUCCCUCUCCUCUUGGCAUAAUGAGUGCCCCACAGCGACGGGCAGAAGCUAUGGGGGGGAGUGCCUUUCCGCCGUCUGAGCACUGGGGCGGGCGGCUCUUAGGUCCCCAAUACAUGCGUCGCCCAAAGGGGUGACCUUUUUCACACCCCUGAGUGACGGAAGUUACAUCAACUUAAGCGGGUGGGGUAGACAAGCCCUCAGGAGAGAGUUAGGAACGUUUGAGCAUGGAGCUUGUCCUGUAAAUGCAGCCUUCAGGGGUGUAGGUCCCGGACAUGCAACAGCAGGUGGUGGGGAAAGUUAAAUCUUCACAAGGCAUCCCUGCUUUCUUGGGGGGUGGUUUUGAGGCAGCUGCAGUAGGAGCUGCAUUAAGCCAGAGCUCAAGGAAAACACUAAAUAGGACAUUCUCCAACUUCAAGAUAAGUCUUCAAUGAGACGGUAAGCCUGAAUAAUUUGUGUGUGUGUGUGUGUCUCUCUCUCUCUUUCCCCCCUGUCCCCCCCCAAUCUUGGUCAGCGCCUUGGAUUAGAGGGCAUGGAAGUAACUAAAUAAAAAUGCAUUUGUUGUAUGUUCUUUCCUUUUCCCCACUUCCUCUCUCUAAAGCUUUUUACGCCUGUUCUUGUGUAGUUUCUAGUUUACCACAACAGUUUGCAGUAGACCCCAAAAAACUCUGGAAAUGUAUGAAACCGUAUUGGUCAGCUAAGGCCCAGGAUUACCAUGGCAGCCUGGGAAAAAGUUCUUUUUAGAGUUGUCAAUUGGUUCAGAAUUUCAGGCACCCAAACACACGUGACUAACCUCUCCACAGGAAAUGUUGGUUUACUGGAAAACGAGGGUUUGUGGGUUUAAAAGGUGUUGGGGUGAUGAACUGAGCCGUUAAGGACCAUGGAGUGCGACUUCUAAAAUAUCCCUUUACCUAGAUGAUUGGGUUAGCCCCAGUGCAUGCCUCUGCAGUAGUACUUUACGAGCUGUUGGAUUAGCGACCCAGCAGCGUUUCUGGAGCAAUUAUUGAUCUUUCUGCUCGUUUCCAACAAACAAUCCAUGUUCCCAAAAAAAGAAAUUACUGUUUCUGGAAUAAACACCCUACCUAUGUAACUGUGCUGAAUUCUUGUCCCUCUCCUAAUUUCCAAACCAAAGCCCUCGGUGGACUUGAAAAAUCUGACAGGCUAUGUUUAGACUGCCCCCUCUUGUGCAAGAGAAUAUGCAAAUGAGGCAAAGCGGUGAAUAUCACCACACUUCAUUUGCAUACUUAAUGAGCUGCCAUUUUUGUGCAAAACCCCCCCCUUGCACAAGAACCGUUCUGCCGUGUCUCCUAAUAGUACUUUCUGUGUUUCGAAUGUAACUUUCAAUGGUUGGUUGUAUUUUUUUAAUGCUUUACAAAUAUCAGUGUUUACAUGAAACCAAAGACAACAUAGUCCCUGAUCUGUGUCUAAAAUAUCCCGUGUCACUCUGAAAUUUAUUUGAAGCUUUUACAUUUGUACUUCAUUUUUCCUUUUUGUAAAACCUAAUGCUUUAAAGAGCAGGAUCCUACAAUUUUAUUUGUUUUUGCAGACGUGCUUAAAAGUUACCAGUUACUGUAGGAAAUAUAAUUUUUAAUUCUUUCUCUCAAGUCUGGAAUAGCUGUUUCCCACUUUUUUUCCAGUUGCCAUGUAAGCAUGGUGCAUCCUCAGGAAAGAUACAUUUGUGCAUUUCAACUGUUCAGCAUGUUUUUAUUUGUAUGUGAGGGGAUGAGGCUAAAAACCCCUAGAAUUUUAAAGCUGCCUAUGAAUAUGUUGCAAUGCCGGUCUACAAUGGUUGGCUUGAAGAUUUCUCUGUGAAUUCAUUGGAUUUCAUUUUGAAGCUGCAUUUGAAAAGUUUCUGCCUCUGUCCAAUUGCUCCUUUCAAGAUUUCCACAAACUGGGUGAAGAUUAAAGAAUCUCAUAUGCCUGGUUUUGUAGCCUCGCGUCUCAGUUUUAAUAUCGAAUGGUUGAAAAACUUUUGUAUAAAUGUGUAGCUCUGUUAAACUCAGUAAAAUUAUAA